CAUAUCAACACCCUGUGACACGAAUAUUCAGCUAUUACUUUGGUCUUGGUGGGGCGUCCUGUACUUACUCCAUCGGUAGCAACGAGUGCUGAUGUACGCAUAUUCCCGAUCAGUCCAUAGUUCUCGACCUUCCACGAUCAGUGUUCAGCUCGGCCAGUCGGUGUGCAAACCUACUGGCAUAUAUCCAGUAUCUCCGCGAAUCGAAGGCGCACCGUCUGUGUUUCUUGUACCUGGCGGCAUCCUGAUGAUGUUCUUCGUUCGAGUUAUGCUUGGACGAUGCUGUUGGAGCAGAGCUUUUGUUGCUUUACGUCCUAGCCUUAGAUUGGUGUGGCAGGCACGAAGUCAUCUGUAUAGUAAGACAGGAAGUUGCAAAAGAGUGGAGUGCUCACGAUGACGUCACCCGUUGUAGUAGGUAUGAUAAUCUUCAAUAGUGUAUUUCUUACGGUGUCGCUACUCC